AUUUACUUACCCUAAGCUAACCACAGCAGACGCCGCCCCAUUUUCCUCUUCUUCCCAACACCGCAGCCGCUUCUUUUUCCUUCUUUCUCCCCCUUCUUCGGUUCUUCCUUCUUCCUUCUUCUUCUUCUUCUUCACCCCGUCGCCACUGUUUGCCCAUAGUUGCCAUUGUUUUCCAAUCACAGCCGGUCAGCCACAUCUCGCCGCCGUUCACGACUUCACCCGAAGGAUUGUGAUGGACCGUGAGAAAAGCGUGGUAGACCAGUUAGAUAACAUCAUACAGGAUUGUGAUUCGUUCAAAGAAAAGGCAGCGUUGUUGUUGAGAACUACUGCAUUACUCAAUGAUGAAAAUUUGAAACUCAAGGAAGACUUGAAAUUAAGUGAGAUGAAAUGUAAGGAUCUGAAUGACACGAUUACAAGAUUGAUUCAGGAGCAAGAAGAGAUUAGGGAUAAAGAGAAAUUGCUCCGCGAGAAGAAUUCAAAGUUGGAAGCUGAAAGUAAAAAGUUAGUUUCUGAAGUUGAGGAAGCCCGUGAGAAGAAUUCAAAGUUGGAAGCUGAAAGAAAAAAGUUCGAUUCUGAAGUCGAGGAAGUCCAUGAUAAGAAUUCAAAGUUGGAAGCUGAAAAUAAAAAGUUGAUUUCUGAAGUUGAGGAAGUCCAUGAGAAGAAUUCAAAGUUGGAAGCUGAAAAUAGUAAGCUUCUCUCAUUGGAAGUAAGAGUCGGGAAGUUGGAGCAAGAGUAUGAGGAUAUGGUGAUCAAGAAAUUGGCUGAUGAUCAAACUAUCAAGGAGUUGAAGCGAAAAAACUAUAAGACUGUUCAGGCUGUGGAAGAGCUGGCUAAUCAAAAUCUCGAUGCUACUCGAACUAUAGAUAACUUGAGGCAUGAACUCUUGGAAGCUCAUCAGGCUACAAAGGAAUUAGAACGCCAAAAUUUUGAGGAUACUCGUACAAUAAAUGAGUUGAGGCAGAAACUUUUGGAUGCUGAUCGGGCUGAGGAAUUGAACCAAAACCCUGAGGGUUCUCAUGCCAGGAGUAUUCUGAAGCAGAAAGAAUUGGAGGCUAACAACUCAUUUGAGCCCAAAAACAGCAGAGUUGGAAACACAGUUUCAUCUUCUGGGAUUAAACGGGACAUUAGAGGCAGUGGAUGUGAAGCGCAGCGGAUUCUGGAGAAUGAAUUGAGAGGGCAACAAUGUUCAGAAUCAGGAGCAACAGCUGGAGAAGGUCGUUCAACGGGUGGACGAGGGUGUUCCAGUAAAAGGCCAUGUUUAUCAUCUUCUGCCUCUCGAGAGAUGGUCAUCGAAAUACAUGAUAGUGACAAUGAAAACGAUCAGGCUCUACUAUUUUCGCGAGAUGGUGCUGGUGCCACCUCCAAGGCAGCGUAUGAUAAGGAUAGUAGUUCUCACAUGCCUGGAGGCUUGAACUCUGAAGAAUCAUCUUCAGAGGAUGACUCCGAGUGGAACUCAAGGAUGCAUGACCUUGUGGCAAGGGUUAAGAGUAUUAAGGGUAAAAAAUGCAGGUGACAGGGAAUAGAUCAAGAAAUUAGGGGGCUGGGCUGGGCUGGGCUGGGCUGGUCGGGUAAACAUCUGGAGGGGAAUGCAAGAUGAUAAAAACGUGGUCUCUGCAUGCAGGUGGGGUAGGUAACAUAUUGAUAUGUGUGUAUAACAUAACAACACGAUGAGAUGAUCAUCGAUGUCCACCACCAAUCCUUCACCCUAAACUCACUCUAUGCAGUAGCAGUAUCUAAAGUUGUUGGUGGUUGCAUCGGUGCUGCUAUUGCAGGUGGUACAUGCCCUGAUCUGAUGCUGCACACGUACACGUACAGGUA